AUGGCUACCCCUAGUGUUCUAGUCUUUGAUGCUGAGGGUUGGGCUGUUGAAUUUGAGGUCUGGGUCGAUGAUCUACAGCUUUUCCUUCAGUGCGAUAGGAAGGACGGUCUCUCCCUAUUCGAUCUCACGUCUGGCGCCUCUACUGCCCAUGCUGCCAAUGCUGACAGCACUGUUCACUUACAGUGGGCCACACGCGAUGCUGCUCCCCGUCUUGCUGUGCGUAGUCACUUGCCGUCCACUGAGUGUGCGCACUUUAGUCAGUACAAGAGUGCUAAGACCUUGUGCGAUGCUGUAGUUGCACGCUACUCUUCCCCUGCCACUGCUGCUCUUAGCCGCCUCAUGCUGCCGUACCUGUUUCCUGACCUCGCCGCCUUUCCCACUGUCGCUGACCUCGUUACGCACCUUCGCACUAGUGACACCCGCUACCGCGCUGCGCUUCUUGCUAAAGACCACUUUCUCUCCGUUUGCCCCACCACACUCACCAUUGACCUCCUCGAGGAGCGCCUCCUGGCAGCUGAGAAGAGUAUAGUCGCUGUAGGAGCCUCUCGUGGUGAUCCUCGUGCCCCCGUCUUUGAGGGGUGCUCCCCCUCCCCCCUUUUGCCCUCUGUUGCCUCUGCUGCUACCGUCGACUUCGUUGGCACCGAGUUGGCCGGCGCUGCGUCUACCCCUAGCGGGCGACGCCGCACCGGCAAGGGCAAGGAGGGCAAGGGCGCUGGAGGGGCUGGCGGGGGCGGUGGAGGUGGCGGUGGAGGAGGCGGAGGGAGUGGGGGUGGUGGUGGGAGUGGUGGCGGGGGUGGGGGCUUCGGUGGCGGCGGUGGAGGCGGAGGCGGCGACGGCGGUGGCGGUGGGAGCGGAGGAGGCGGUGGCGGCGGUGGCGAAGGUGGCGGCAGAGGAGGUGGAGCUAGUCGGAGUGGCUUUGCGCAGCGUGGCGGCUUUGGUGGUGCGGAGUGGGGGUGCUGGUCCCUGUGCCUACGUCUUGCGUACCGGCAACCGCACUA